AUGGAGUCUCUUCUCCAGCAGUCUCGGGCGAUGUGCCCGUUCCUCAAGCGCACGUCUCCAUCUUCUCUGCGUACGCUGUCAACCGCGACUCGGCCUAGCACUAGUUCCGGUGGAGGCACCAUGUCUAACCUCCAGGUCAUUGCCCGUCGCUGCCCUGUCAUGAGCAAGGCUCUGGCCGUGCAGAGCGCUCGCAUGGCCGGCACCAAAAGAUUCACCUCAUGCGCUGCCGGCAUUACCGGUCUCAACAACAAGCAUUGCCGUGCUCCUACUGGGAAGAGAGCACUGCACUCCACCUCCGGCAACGGCGCCAAUGUGAGCGCUGAGAUCUACAAGAACACCCAGCGUGAUCCUACCGGUUUUUCGAAGAUCAAAAACCCUUCCAAUGCUUCCGCUGCUGCCGCGACGUCUGGCCCUCGUCCAGAUGCUCCCGUGGCGAAACCUUUCAACUACAAUGCUUUUUACAACACCGAAUUGGAAAAGAAACACAAGGACAAAUCGUAUCGCUAUUUCAACAACAUCAAUCGUCUUGCUCAGGAGUUCCCCCGGGCUCACACCACAUCUACCGAGGAACGUGUGACGGUAUGGUGCUCGAACGAUUAUCUUGGUAUGGGCCGCAACCCCGAGGUUCUGGCCACCAUGCAUAAGACGUUGGACACCUACGGAGCUGGUGCGGGAGGUACUCGCAACAUCUCAGGUCACAAUCAACAUGCCGUGGGCCUGGAAGGCACCCUUGCUAAAUUGCACGGCAAGGAGGCAGCAUUGGUUUUCAGCUCAUGCUUCGUGGCCAACGAUGCCACCCUCGCGACCUUAGGUAGCAAGAUGCCGGACUGCGUUAUUCUGUCCGAUAGCCUGAACCAUGCAUCGAUGAUUCAAGGUAUUCGCCAUUCAGGCGCCAAGAAAAUGGUGUUCAAACAUAAUGAUCUGGUCGAUCUUGAGACCAAGUUAGCAUCCCUACCUCUUCAUGUCCCCAAGAUCAUUGCAUUCGAAUCAGUGUAUAGCAUGUGUGGAUCUAUUGCGCCAAUCGAGAAGAUAUGUGAUCUUGCAGACAAGUACGGUGCCAUCACUUUCCUGGAUGAAGUCCACGCUGUGGGAAUGUACGGGCCUCACGGAGCAGGUGUGGCAGAACACCUUGACUAUGACGUCUAUGCUUCCCAGGAUACGGCCAACCCGCGCAGUACGAAAGGAACCGUGAUGGACCGGAUCGAUAUCAUCACCGGUACUUUGGGCAAGGCCUACGGAUGUGUCGGGGGUUACAUUGCUGGAUCCGCUGCGAUGGUUGACACCAUCCGCUCCCUCGCCCCUGGCUUCAUCUUCACUACAUCCUUGCCGCCCGCUACCAUGGCCGGCUCGUCAUCAGGCGACCGCGUUCUGCAGCAGUUGCACACCCGCGCGGUCAAGGCAGCUUUCAAGGAGUUGGAUAUCCCUGUGAUUCCAAACCCCUCUCACAUCAUUCCGCUCCUCGUUGGAGAUGCCGAGGUUGCUAAGAAGGCGUCGGACAAGCUUCUGGAGGAGCAUGGAAUCUACGUACAAGCCAUUAAUUACCCAACCGUGCCUCGGGGUGAAGAGCGUCUCCGUAUCACGCCCACCCCUGGGCACGUCAAGCAGCACCGUGACCACCUGGUGCAAGCCGUCCAAACCGUCUGGAACGAACUGGGCAUCAAACGCACCAGCGAUUGGGAAGCGCAAGGCGGUUUCGUCGGCGUGGGUGUCGAGGGCGCCGAGGCUGAGAACCAGCCGAUUUGGAAUGACGUGCAGCUGGGGCUGAAGGAAAACGAAGCCAUUGAGGCUGCUGUGGAACGCGAGUUUGCCGAGGCCCCCAUGCAGGCCACCCGUCCUGCCGCGGCCGCCGCUUCGUCGAUCCCGGUGGGUGUGGCUGCCUGA